CCAUAUGCAGAACAUAGUAUACAAUGUAUUAUUGACGUGUAAUUUUCAGUUGACUGGAAACAAUCUAUAUCAACCUUUAUCGUUAAUUUUAGAUGGUAAUGUGAUAUUUUGAUGGAAAUGGUAAUGUUGAGGGGUUAGGUAUGAGGUUGGCGAGAAAUAAUUUAGGUGCAAGGAUAGAGAUGAGAUGCUUUAACUUAAGUAUUAGAUAUAGGGCAAGGAAUAAGCAUUGUAUAUAGUUUAGGUAUAAGGAUGGCUACGUUUUAUGUUUAAUCAAUUAUUCAUGAUUUAUUUUCUAAUUACUAAGAUUCCAUCGCUUCCUUGGAUAAGAACGUGUCACGCACAUUUUUAGUGUCCUAUAGAAAUGAAGCCUCCUAGAGCAGAAAGGUUAUAUUUCUUAUUUUGUUGAUUUUGGCAAAAUACUGUCGCCUAUUGGCCAUGAAUCUAAGAUAUGUUAUUGGUCCGUUUUGUAUUGUGUGGGCUAGCCAAUGAGCAAAGGGCUGGAAGUCUAUAAAAACUCCUGUUUGAUUUUGAAGCAUUUACGCAACGAACUAAAACAUGUCCGGAAGAGGUAAAACUGGAGGCAAAGCCAGGGCGAAGGCCAAGACCCGCUCAUCUCGUGCCGGGCUUCAGUUCCCCGUCGGCAGAGUGCACAGACUCCUCCGUAAGGGAAACUAUGCUCACCGCGUCGGUGCCGGAGCUCCCGUCUACCUGGCGGCGGUUCUCGAGUAUCUGACCGCUGAGAUCCUGGAGUUAGCUGGAAACGCGGCCCGCGACAACAAGAAGACCCGCAUCAUCCCCCGCCACCUGCAGCUGGCCGUCCGCAACGACGAGGAGCUCAACAAACUCCUAGGCGGAGUGACCAUCGCUCAAGGCGGUGUGCUGCCCAACAUCCAGGCCGUCCUUCUGCCCAAGAAGACCGAGAAGCCCGCCAAGAAAUAGAUUAUAAAUCUUACCUUUAACCCCAAAGGCUCUUUUAAGAGCCACCCAGAUUUAACCAAAGAGCUACAUCUUUUAAACCGGUCAACGCCACUGCUUUUAAAGUUAACCUAGUUCCUUUAGGUCGGGUUGGAGUCCCCGACGCGGGUUCCAGUGAGACUGUUGAUCUUAAAGACAUUGCACUUUCUAUUUUUACUUACUAAAAUGCCUUUUUAGCUUUCCUUUUUUAUUAUCUAUUUUUUACCAGAAAAAUACAUGAUCUGAUACCAGAGAGAAAAGGGUUUGAGACCCAAUUUCUGUCUGGGUUGGAGUCCCAGAAUAAGGCCUUUGGUUUCCUUUAGGUCGGGUUGGAGUCCCGGCGCGGGUACCAGAGAAGACUGUUGAUCUGA